GAAGAAGCUGUGAUAGGAAAUCACAAUUAACAUCCGCUCGAGUUUUCGCUUCGUCACGCAAACCCUAUCACGCCUUCCGCUCCGCUGAUUCCUCUUCUCCGGGUCCGGUCGGCGUCGUAUUUGUAGCUGAAAAGUUGAGGAAGUUCUGCUGUUUGCUUCACCAUAGGAAUCUGUCUUAACAAGGCUUUUGAAUGGCUCAGCCUCGCAGUAAUGCUGUUGGAGUUGAUAACACUUUUCGAAGGAAAUGGGACCGAGAAGAGUUUCUUCAGAAAGCCCGAGAACGGGAAAGGCAAGAGGAGGAGGAUAGGUUUAAAUCCAAAGACAAAGCUCCUCCUGUGCAAAGGAAACCCCUGAAGCACAGAGACUAUGAGGUUGACCUUGAUUCCCGCUUAGGGAAAACUCAGGUUGUUACUCCAAUUGCACCUCUGAGCCAGCAGGCUGGAUACUACUGUGCAGUCUGUGAAUGUGUUGUAAAAGAUUCAGCUAAUUACUUGGACCAUAUCAAUGGAAAGAAACAUCAGAGAGCUUUGGGCAUGUCUAUGAGGGUGGAGCGUGCAACUCUUCAGCAGGUUCAAGAACGAUUUGAGUCGCUAAAGAAGCGGAAAGUUCCUGAAAGCUUUUCUGAGCAAGAUUUGGAUGAAAGGAUAAGGAAACAGCAGGAAGAGGAGGAGGAACGGAAGCGGCUACGCCGUGAAAGGAAGAAGGAGAAGAAGAAAGAGAAGGCUGCCCAAGAAGAAACGGAGGAUGCUGAUCCUGAUAUGGCUGCUAUGAUGGGGUUUGGAGGCUUCAAGUCGUCCAAAAAGUGAACAGCAGGUGAUGGGAAAUGCAAAUUCAAGGCUUCCCUUGCUUUGUUCGCCUCAGAGUUUGGUUCCCUAAGCCGACAUCUUUUGGGUAUAAAAUUUGUUUGUGCAUCUGUUUUACGUAGUUAUUGAUGCCUGAGUUAAUGGCGAUGCCCAAUGCUCUGUUUCAGUUUAAACUUGCAAAGCUCAGAUUGAUUGAGUAAUUCAAUUAAUGAUUCUGAAGAAACUAGUGCAUUCCAAUCCUAAUGUGAUUGUAUUGUGCAGCAACAUGUAGGAAAGAAAUGUAUCUGGAAUUUGUAAUCCCUUUCUUGUACUUGCGUCCUAAAAAGAGCAAAGAGACGCUCAAGCAGUAACAUAUUCAAAACAAA